GCUUUUGAAAACACUUUAGAAAUGAAUGGGGUGCGGGUGGCGGUUAUAAAGCACAAAACAUAUAGACGGAAAAAAACUCAAAACUCAAAGCAAUUUGACAGGAAACAUGUCAUUCCCAAUUCAAAUGACGAAAUGACGCACGUCACGCCACCUGCGACUAGCUUGAAGUCAACUGUCAUUUGAUGUGGCCAUUGCAUUCUUGAUUCUUGUGUUGCAUGUCUGCUGCAUUGUGCAUUCUUUCUUGGUUAUUAUGUUCAAUGUUCAGUGUAAUAUUUGUGGCAAAAAUAGUUAGGUUGUUUUGUAGUUUUGUGAGUCCUCCGUGUAUAUAUUUCCUGCAGAGAAAUUCCUUUUUUUUAGCUGGAGAUAUAGUGGGAAUUAUCCCAUUCCGAAACCGAAACUUUUUGAAAAUACAGAUUAAAUAAGACAUGGAGACAAGGCUGAAACUAAUAGCUUUUGAUUUAGAUUAUACCUUGUGGCCUUUUAGGCUGGAUACAGAUGUGGUAGCACCAUUCCAAAAAAGGUCUAAUGGAAAUAUUGUUGAUUCUAAAGGAACUAAAUUAAACUGCUAUCAUGAAGUACCAGGCAUUCUCAAAAGCUUAGAUGAAGAUGGUUUUAUUUUAGCCAUUGUAUCUAGAAUUGCAAAAACAAAAGCUGCAAGACAACUCUUAGAAAUAAUUGGCUGGGAUAGCUUCUUUAGCUUUAAAGAAAUAUAUCCUGGACACAAAUCAUUGCAUUUUCAAAGAUUAUACACUAUGGCCUUACUGGGCUGACACACAUAUUCAAGGACCCUUCAAAAGACAGUAAGUUAUUUUUCCAGUAUGUUAAAAUCUAGAUCAGCUUCUUAUAUUAUUAUGAUUAGAAUUUAGUAUGUAAAUAUAUGUUUAAAUGCAAAGCUUUCUAUAAAAGUUUUGCAAUACAGCUUUAUUUAUUGACUUCAUUCAAAGUAAUUCCCACAUUCAAUACACUUAUCCAUCCGCCAAAAUCAGUCCUUAAACCAGCUCCGCCUAGUUUCACCCAGGAGUGUGGCACACUCGUCCAAAGCUCUCAGAAGGUUCUCAUCGCUAGAAAACUGUUUUCCAUUCAGCUUCAUUUUCACAUGCGGAAACAGUGCAAAGUCACAGGGAGCAAGAUCUGGAUUGUAAGGAGGGUAUUCAAUAAGCUUCAGUCUAGUAGUGGCGCGGUGAGCUAGAGCGUUGUCAUGGUGGAAGUACCAAGUUUCCAUUCUUAACCACUUAGCUGUGACUGUCUUCUGUGUGUCCAAAAUGACAGGCUCCACAAUCCUGCUCGAUUUGAAAAAUACAGCUAUCAUUUUUUGCUUAACAGACCGGGAUUUUCUACGGGCGUGUCCUCAUCAUCAAAGAACCAAACUUUGUUUUGAGCCUUGGUCAAACAUUUUCAGCAUCUUUCCGCACCAAGUCGUACGACGAGUCUUUUGCUCUUCCGUCAGACUAGGCGGUACCCAGACCAGAACAAAGUUUCCUUACAUGUAAAAUGGUCAUGCAAAAUUGAAUAAAUUGCUGGUGCAUGAAGGUGUAAGAUCUCUUAUAUCUGUUGGUAUGUCUCUCUGCGGUCUUCAUCAAGCAUUUUCCACGCAGCAGUUCCUCUGUUGCUGAUGUUCGUGGCCUUCCUUCCCUUUAAUGCAAGCGUCCUUUUUUCUGAGCACUGGUCUAUGCUUAAACCACGCGUAAAGUUAUACCGUAAAACUGCCCUUAUCUCACUACGUGACCAUGAUGCCAUAGUCCGCAUUUUACACUAUCAAUAGGAAUGAACAGCUAAAUCAACAGACAUGCUGUUGGCAGCUACUGUGCACUCAUGGACAUGUAUCAACAUGCAGUAAUACCGCGCUUACAUGCAUAAUUCCACGGCAGCAUUUGGAGCAAGUAAUAAUAAUAAAUCUUUAUUUCAAAAUAACAGUGCAUGAUUACAAUGUAUUACACUCUGUUAGGUGAAAUAUACGUCACAGUGUCAUCAAGACAGAAAAAACAAAGAGGCAAAACAUAUAACAUAAUAGAGAUAUUACAUUUCAAAAUAUUCUUGCAGGUCAUAUGGUUCUAAGUGCAUUAACAAUUGGU